AUGGCUACAGAUAUGUUGCGGGGCUUCACUCGCCAAUUUAUCGAGACCGCAGAUGGUGUUUCCAUUUUUGUCCGCACCAAGAUUGAUUCGGGAAAACCCCCUCUUCUCCUCCUCCACGGGUUCCCUCAGACACACGUCGAGUAUCACCAUAUCGUACACCCCCUGGUCCCCCACUUUAGUGUUAUCCUCUUAGAUCUUCGUGGAUAUGGCCAGUCAGCUACCGUUCCUAGCACCAACGGAUCCGGCUAUUCCAAGCGGCUGAUGGCCAACGAUUGCAUAUCUGUCAUGUCCCAGCUAGGAUACAAUAAGUUUCUCCUCGUCGGACACGAUCGCGGUGCCAGAGUUGCUUAUCGCCUUGCCUUUGAUCAUCCUGAGGCAAUCUUGAGACUGGUUGUAAUCGACAUUAUCCCGACUGCAGCCAUGUUCCAAGGUUUUGGGGACGUGACGGCUGGACUGAAAGCCUACCACUGGCUAUUCCUCGCUCAGCCAGACCCUUUCCCCGAAAAGGUGAUUAAAGGCGCCGAUAAUGGCAAGCACUACUUGGAACAUACCCUAGCGAGUUGGACGAGGAACAGGACCCUUGACGACUUUGAUGAGAGGGCACUCGAGGAGUAUAGAAAGGCGUACUGCAACGAAGCAAGAAUUCAUAGCACGUGCGAGGAUUACAGAGCUGGAGCGUUCCUGGACAAGGUCUACGAUGAAAAGGAUCUGCAGGAGGGGAAUAAGAUACAAGCUCCCAUGUUGGCGAUCUGGGGCAAUGCAGGAGUAUCUGCCGAGUCUUUGCAAAACAAGUCGGAAGGGCCCCUUGAAAUCUGGCAGAAGUAUGCCCGAAAUGUGCGUGGCAAGGCGUUGGAGUGCGGGCACUUUAUUCCUGAAGAGGACCCAGAAGGUCUAACUGAGGUUCUGAUACCCUUUCUCCUCGAGCAGUAG